GACCGGUCGCCUUUUCCGUAGUUUUUUUUAUCGAAAGCUAAAAAUUCAGAUUAAUAUAUAUAUUCGCGAUAUUUGUAUUCCGAAUCUCAUUUAUUCCUUACGGCGUUACGUUAUUUUUAGUGCGGGUCUGAUAAGAGCAUCGCCUACAAAUUAUAUACUAAGCGCAACUAAAAAAUCGACAAACGAAAUCGAAUCUUUUUAGUUUUAUAGUUUUUUGCAAUGACUUGGGGUUUUGUGACGUGUGGCCCAAACGAGGCACUAGUAGUAUCAGGAUGCUGUUACAUGAAGCCACUGUUGGUUCCUGGCGGACGCGCCUUCGUUUGGCCAACGAUUCAACAAGUACAGCGAAUUUCGCUGAAUACGAUGACGCUACAAGUGGAGAGUCCGUGUGUCUACACUAGCCAGGGUGUGCCAAUCUCUGUGACGGGCAUUGCCCAGGUCAAGGUGCAGGGUCAGAAUGAGGACAUGCUGCUGACAGCCUGUGAACAGUUUCUGGGCAAAUCCGAGGCGGAAAUUAAUCAUGUGGCACUCGUGACGCUCGAAGGACACCAGCGUGCCAUCAUGGGUUCGAUGACUGUGGAGGAGAUCUACAAAGAUCGCAAGAAGUUCAGCAAGCAGGUGUUCGAAGUAGCUUCCAGUGAUUUGGCCAACAUGGGCAUCACUGUUGUGUCGUACACCAUUAAGGAUUUGCGUGACGAGGAGGGCGACUCCAAGGGGUAUCUGAAAUCUUUGGGUAUGGCGCGUACAGCUGAAGUAAAGCGCGAUGCUCGCAUUGGCGAGGCUGAGGCACGUGCCGAAGCUCAUAUUAAGGAGGCUAUUGCCGAGGAGCAGCGCAUGGCUGCGCGUUUCCUUAACGACACCGACAUUGCCAAGGCACAGCGUGACUUCGAGCUGAAGCGAGCAGCCUACGACUUGGAGGUGCAGACCAAAAAAGCCGAAGCGGACAUGGCCUAUGAAUUGCAGGCGGCAAAGACCAAGCAACGCAUCAAGGAGGAGCAGAUGCAGGUGAAGGUUAUUGAGCGCACCCAAGAGAUUGCCGUGCAGGAGCAGGAAAUCAUGCGUCGCGAAAAGGAACUGGAUGCUACCAUUCGUUGUCCGGCCGAGGCAGAAAAGUAUCGUCUCGAGAAAUUGGCCGAGGCCAACAAGUUGCGUGUGGUUAUGGAGGCCGAGGCUGAGGCAGAAUCAAUUAAAAUUCGCGGUGAAGCUGAAGCAUUCGCCAUUGCAGCCAAGGCCAAGGCUGAAGCUGAGCAAAUGGCACAGAAGGCCGAUGCUUAUCGUGAAUAUCGUGAGGCCGCCAUGGUGGAGAUGCUUUUGGACACACUUCCAAAGGUUGCCGCCGAAGUGGCUGCUCCUCUUUCUCAGGCUAGAAAGAUCACGAUGGUGUCCAGCGGCCAAGGCGAUAUUGGUGCUGCCAAGUUGACCGGCGAAGUGCUGUCGAUUGUCAACAAAGUGCCGGAGCUGGUCAAGAACAUUACUGGCGUGGACAUUGCCAGGUCUGUGCAUGCCGGCUAAAAGUUCGAAUCCAAAUUACUCCAAAAAAUACAAACAACAAUGAAAAGAAUAUAUAUUUAACAAAUACGAAACAAAAUCUUCAUAAUUGAAUACUAAACUGCAUUUACUCGU